AUGGUAAGGACUAAACAAACGGCGACUUCCAGAUUUGGUGGCAGAGUGAACACACCGUCCGUGACUUCUUCUAGUUAUUUUCAUGGUAAGUUUAGCAUUUUAUUGCCUGAAUAUAGCUUUAGACGGAUCAAACGCAUACUCAAGCGGAAUAUCAUCUCAGAGUCAAUCUUUAAUCAAUAAUUUGAGGAGUGGCAGAGAUCAUGGGUUGGUUGAAUAUUCCAGUCAAUUUUAGUAAGUUUUUUGUUUUAGCAGUUUACAAGGAUUUGUUACCUAAAUUUUUCAUUAACUAAGUGUGAGCUGAUAAUUGAGAACAAGAUGUCUUAUUUCUUAAUCUGUUGUACCUAAAAUAAUUUUUUAAAGUAUUCCAUCGCAAAACACAGCAGGCACUUUCGAGAAAUCUUCGAAUCCCAACUUGUUCACUUCACAGGGAAGUACAACAUCGGGUGUAUUGACACAGAGCCAAAGUAAUCGAUUAGAGGUGGUACGACGACCAAAGCCUUCAGCCAUCAAGACAAUGAAAAGAGCAAGAAUAGAAUCGUCUAUCAAGAAGAGAAGGUACAGACCUGGAACACGAGCUUUGAUGGAGAUCCGGAAACUUCAGAGAACGUGUCACUUGUUGAUGAAAAGAGCACCGUUCUUCAGGGUGGUGAAGGAUAUAGUGAGGUCGUGUUCAAAGGGAAUUGACUACAAGAUUCAAUCUGAAGCAAUCAAUUGUUUGCAGGAGGUGAGUACUAAAUUUAUAUGCGAAGCUUUGUAUAAUACCAAAACAAAUUUAAAUUUUGCACUUUUUGGUUACAUUAUAGAGAGGUAUUGAUGUUCAUGUACUACUAUAUUUUUUUCAGGCUUCCGAAGCUUUUCUCAUCACAAUCUUCGAAGCAUCCAACAUGUGUGCCAUUCACGGUAAAAGAGUAACGUUAAUGCCAGCCGAUCUUCUUCUUGUGCAGAACGUUUUGUCACUCUUUAACGUACAGCUUGGUGGUAACAGAUAA